UGUUAUUUGUGGAUUUUGUAUUAAUUUUAGCUGGAAUUUAAACGAAACCUCUUAGAAAAACGUAUACAUAGUGUGGAAAUUUCUUUAAAUUAUGGCUGUGGAAGUAAAUAAUAAAAGGAAACGAAAACACGAUGAGAGUGCUCCUCAAGAAGAUGAAGGUGCUGAGGUGGUGCCCAAAAAGCAAACCAAGAAAUCAUUGACUCCCAAAAAAGAUAAAAUCAAGAAAAAGGAAAAAAAUGCAGAAGAGCCUAUGGAUGAGUCGCAACAGGAUUCCGGAUUUGAUAACGAGGAGAAAGAUAUAAAAUUUUCCAAAGAUUUCAAAAUGAUGGAAUUCCGUACCAAAUUGCGAGGGGAUAAGUUUAUAACAGAAUUAAGACAUUUCCUGCACCUUUGUCACAGCCGACCCAAAACCAUUGCUAAAUACAUAGAGAAACGUGGUAAACCUUUAGAAUUUGCUGAGGCCUUAGAGCGUGUCGAUAAGACUAAUGUUUUACACAUUGCUUACAUUUGUGAGGCCCUCCAAAUGGUCGUAAUGGAAAUUCUUGGCCAUCACCCCAAUCACAUGGAAUCGGCAGUAUCGGCUUCUCGUUACUUUCUAAAAUCGCAUGGCCCACUGUUGGAAUUGCUUUUGAAAUCAGCUCAACUUAAUCAUCGUAAAGUAGCACUAAAACUCUUAACAGCCAUUGUGUGUGUAGAGCCUCAAUUGGGUCGCCAGGUGUUGUCCUCCUAUGACAUUCUGUCCAAUGUGAAAAGUAUUACACAAUUUCUUUCGCACUCACAAUUCGAAGUGCAACAGCAGAAGCAACAACAACAACAACAGUUCGAUCAAGAUUUCGAAUCCGUACGCAAAUGUUUCAUACAUUUUGUUCUGUCCUAUUUAGUGGAUGGCAAUACUUUGCUUAUACGCAACAUUUUAGAUCGUGGCUCUCUUAUAAGGGCAUUAGCUGCUGGCCUGGUUUACGAUGAUUCCGUUACAGUUUGUGUGGUUUUGAGCACUCUUAAGAAAUAUGUGCUUGAAUGUCCGGAGAUUUCCAAAACCAAAAAGAUUCAUGUCUUUGAUUUGGCUUGUUGUAAGUCAUUUGUUAACUUGUACGAUUGGAAGGGACCUCGCGUUUUUGCUGCUAACCUAUCGGGUAAAAAGAGGGCGGAUAAGAGUGAAAUUGCUGGCCAAAUGGAACAUUUAAUAAAUCCCCAGGAGAAGGAAGCUGUAUCAAAGGCGGUACAUGAAUUUAUGUUAGUUUUGUUGACAUCCAGAAAAUUUGGUAUCACAUUUGAUUCCAUCAAGUUUUUCCGCCAGAAACAUAAUACUAUACAAGGUCAAAUUAUUGGCUAUAUACACAUCCCCUGGUCCAAUGAACGCAAAACGGAUUUGGUUAUGAAGAUACUAGAAUCCUGUCCCGAUCUUUUCCGUAACACUGUUAGACAUUUUGCGGGCAUUAUAAAUCCCUUACGCACGCCAGCACGUCAUUGGUUUGACGCGGCCGAAUUCUUAACAAAAACCAUAACAGCCUGUCAUCCAAGCCAUCUAAAAGGAGCCUUGGAUAAAAUUACCUUAACCGAUUUUUCAUUUUGGAUUAAAGAUAUCUGUUUGCCCUUGGAAUCAUUGGUGCACAUUAAUGGUAACAAGUUUUUGACGCAUAAAAGUUUUGCACACCGUUUGGCCACCAAUCGCUUACUGCUGGCCAUGUUCCAACAAUAUACCCACUAUGUAGAGAUUAUAAAUCAAAGAGAGAAAAAUAAAAGCUCUAAUUCCUUGAGACGUUUCAAAUUUGAUAUACUCAAUCAUUUAUUAAUGAAUUUCCCCACUAUGGAAAAUAUUUUGUUGUCCUUGAAUAAAUCUAUAGAAUUAAAGGACCUGGGAGAGGUGGAUGUUUUGGCUCAUUUGGAUAUAGCUUUGGAUUUGGUAUUGAUUUUAUGCCAAGAAAAUCGCACUUUCGUUAAUAAAACUUCAGUUAUAUUGGAUUAUUUGGAGUUGCUAAGGCCUUUGUAUGCCCAAGACGAAGAGGAGGAGGAGGCCGCUAAGGUGGAGGCUAAGACCAAAAGUAAUAUUCAAUUGGAAAUGAAGGCUAUAAAGACCAUAUUGUGGUUGUUCCCUAAAGCUUUGGAGCCACAAAAGGAACGUUUCAGCAGUGUUUUAAGAUCAUUUAUUAAGGCUUUUGUUUAUGGGCAGCCUGAAGUAAGUCGUGAGGCUGGUGCUUUGCUAAGAAGUAUAUUUAAAAAUACGGGUAUUUUUGAAUCGGGUGAACUGGAAAUUGAUUUAUGGCUGGAGGCUUUAAGAUUUGUGGAUGUGGAGACCGUUCAUGAGGUGUCUCAAGUGUUUAAUGAAGUUUUAAAGGUCACCAAAGCUGAAGUUGAACUACCCAAAUCGAUAGAAGCGGCCACCAACACCGAAAAUUUAAACUCUUUGUUCUCCAACAUUGAAAAAGGUUUAUCCGUGCAGGCCUAUGUGGAAACUUUAAGCAUUAGCAAGUUGAUGCCUUUAAUCUACAAAGGCGUGGAAAUAACACCUGAGUUAAGCAAAUAUUUGGAAAUUGUCUGCUUUUUAAUGUUCCAUUAUUAUCCCUCUGCGGAAAAUGUCUUGUCACUGUACAAACAGAAUUUCAAGGACAUGUUGCCCUACAUGAAAAGCUGGCUAUCUAAGGAAACUACUAAAGAAAAACAGCUAGUUAUUUUGGCAGGCCAAACUAUAAUACCCUGCCUUAAAGAUGUGCAAACUUUAGUACUGAGUGGCCAAAAAGAUUUUGAGCAAAUUUUCGAAAGUAAAUCCCAAGAUGAUGUUUGUGAAUUUGAGUUUAAGGGAAAUAUGAAAAAGUUUUCUUGUCUCGUGCAAAAUCCUCAUCUUUUAAUGAUUUAUAUACAACAUGUGCUGUUUGAUAUACAACAAUUGCAGGAGAAACAAAUGUUAUCGCAACAGCAGUCAGAAAGAUCAGCUGAAUUUGUGACCACAUGUUUGGAUAUGAUUUUGAAGUUUCCCUCUAAAGAAGAGAAACCUUUAAGUGAUGAACAUGAUUCACUAGACAAUGAAUUGUUUAUACACAAAUUGCUAAAAUACAUUUAUGGCGUUAGACUGCAUAGUGUCAAGACCAAUGAAUUGAUUUCGGCUGAAAAUAUUACGGAUUCUUUUAAAAAUUAUCUAAUUUUCCUUAAUUUAAUAACGGAACACUGCCACAACAUGGAAAACUUUGAUGUGUAUGCCGAGAAUUUCAAAUUGAAAUUGGUUAAGGCCGUGGCCAUUUCUUUGAACAAUAAGAACCAGGUGAAAACUAUGUCUCAUCACUUUGAAGAGUUUAUUAAUCUAUUCAAAGUCUUCCAAUUGUCCGCCGAACACUGUGUGGAAAUCCUAAAUUUACUAGUGGAUAAUUUAACCUACAAAGACUUUUUCCUAGAGGAAAAUAAUAAUCAGAAAACCAUUUAUUAUUCCUUAAUGGUGGCCGUGCUGCAGCGUUUAGCUGAUCUAAAGAAAUCUGUUAAAUGUCCGCAAAUUGUUAAGAAGUUUGCUAAAAUCUAUUGUAAUUUCUUUAAAAAACUAUCGGGAGACUUUAAUGUGGAACUUUUGGAAGAGUCUUUUUACAAUUUCCUGCAAAUAAAUCAUCAGUUUAUUAAAGAAUUGGACAGCAAGUUCUUUGAGUCGUUUUUCAAAGAAAGAAAAUUAACAAAAUCCUGCAUUAAAUUGGCGGCCUUGGUGUUUGAACGUCAUAGCAACUAUGAUUUAAUAUUCAAGGAACAUUUGGAACAGCAUAUGGAUAAAAAGGAACUCAUGUAUCCAUUAAUAGAUUUGGCUUUUAAGAAAAAUCUAGAGCUAGAUCCCUCAGUGUUGCAGAAGGUCUAUCAGAAUUAUAAAAAUGGUUUCAUGAGAACCAUUGAGAAACCUUUAAAGGCCGGCAUGAUUUACAAGGAACAUGUCGAGACCAGUUUGAAACUCAUAGAACUCUGCAUGCCCUUAACAGAGUGUAAGGAUUUCUGCAACAAACAGUUUAAAUUUGAGCACAUAGAAACCUAUCAAUUGAGAACCAUAUACAAGAUCUAUGAAAAAGCUUUCCUGAACAAUGAGCUAAAACAAAAAUCUUCGAUAUUUGUCAACUAUAUCAUGUUGCAAGUGCAAAUGUUGUCGUUGGAUUUGAAAAUGCAAAAGUUAAAUGAAGAAAAAUUACAAUUAAUAAGCUAUCAAGUGCAAGAGUGGUUUAAAUAUGGCUGGCAGUUGAAUAAAUCGUUAGAGGAAAAUCUUAAAGAGGGUGAAGAUACUAAAGAGAAAGAAUUUUCUCCAGAUUUCUCGAAACUUUUGAAAUCCCAACAGUGGCUGCAGUUUUGUAAAUCAUGCUUAAAGUCCGGCAUGCAUAUCAACGAAUCGGAUGUGGAAAUUGAUGUUAAUGACAAAUUCAAUGGUUUGUUAUUACAGCUAUUGGCCUUUUUGUCAGACAAUUUGUAUACCGACUACUCGGAGGAGUGUGCAGAUUCUACCGCAAAUACCGAAUGUGGCCAGUUAUAUGAAAUGAUCUUUACUCAUUCCAAAUUCCAUGACAUUGUCUUAACAAAACCCUCACAAUCACAGGUUAAAACCCAGGUUUUACAUUUGUUAUAUGUGAUGGCCAAAAAGGCACCGUCUUCUCUGCAAGGCACACAAAUUCCUGUUAUCCUGGGAGCCUAUCAAGCCAAAUUGUAUAUUUCCGAUCGUUAUUGUUUGGCUUUGUUGAAUUUGUUUGAAUACUAUGACUGUGGUUUGGCUAAAUACAGACCUUUUAUUUGGGGUGAAAGUGCCAUAGCAUUCUAUGCCCUCAAGGCCGCCGAUGAGGAAAGAGCCAAGUUGACGCAACAGGAAACCUCCAUACAACAGGUCAUGUCUUUGGUAGAUCGCCAAGUGUGUGAAUACACCAUAGAUAAUUUCCCCAUAUGGCGUAAAUUGGACACUUUGCAACAACUGCCCGAACAACAGUUUGAGAAUCCUUUUGUCAAAGCCUGGCAGUUUGGAGCCAACGGUCUGGAACAAAAACUUGAACUAGGAAUAACGGAAAUAAAUGAGAGUGAAAUGCGUUUGUGUCCCAAGCGCUCGGACAUCUUUGAGCAAUGUUAUGAUCCUGCCUUUUUUGUGCCGCUUAUGUCUAUGUGUUUUUCAAACGAGGCUUAUGCUCAUCCCGCUAGACCCGUGCAAAAUGGUCUGUUGGCCUUAACCUUUGCGUCCUUAUCGGCUCAGGACAAGGAACUGCGCCAGGCUGCAGGCUGUGUGCAAUUACGCUACCGCCAACACUUUGAAAACAGUAAAUUCUUUGAGAAACCUUUAUGGGUACAAACCUAUGAAAAUCUGCAAUCAGGUCUUAACGAUUUAAGGAACUCCUGGAUGAAACAUAAAACUAACUCGGGUACCCCCAGAGUUCCCUAUAUUUCGGGUUUAUUUGUGGCCAAAACAUUUAAUCUCACCACUGAUCCUACACAUUUGCUGUACAAACAACUAACCAUGUAUUUGCGGCUCAAGGAAAGUUUCAAUUUCCAAUGCAUACCCGAAUUCAAUGUGCUAUUCUAUUCUCCCGAAGUGGAGCACCAGGAAUUCAGACAAUUCAUAGUGGAGGUCAUAAAGCAUGGCAUUAAGUCCAGCUCCGAUUUGUUUUUACUAGUCUCCACCAAUACCUUCAAAGUGUUAAUGGGUUUCUAUGGCAGUACCAUGUCCACUUUGGAAUUAAAUCUACAAAUACUAUCGGUAUUUUCAACUUGUGUCAAAAUACCAGCCUCCUCUAAAAUAAUGUUAGAGCAUAUAGGCCUAAUACCCUGGUUAAGUUCCAUUAUUACCUCCAUAGAGUUCUAUCAGUUUGAUGUUAUCGAGGGUCUCAUUAGCAUAAUCAACAAUCUAUGGUAUGCGGUAAAGGCCAAUGAAAAAGAGUUCCACAACUACUCGCACAUUUUACUAGAAAUGCAUCGUUUAAUUUUACAACUUAUACCGCUAAUAUCGCCCCGUAUUUCCUCCAAUAAUUUCGGUAAAUUAAUGAACAUACUUAACAAGACCUGUCUACACACUACACAAUAUCUGGCCAUGUCUGCUGAGCAACUAAGCAAACUGUUGUCUUGUGCUGAAAAACAUUUUGGCACUUUGGUAUUGCCUUUGGAGUCGAUUUAUGAAAAUGGUGGCAUGGGCUGUUCUACGUGGCAAGAAUAUUGUAAGCUGCUCCAUAGCCAGCAAGUGGAUAGUAAGGCCAUAUUGGCUUUGUCCAGUUUAAGAUCUUAUAUUAUUUCUUGGUGGUCUAGCCAUAAUGUUAAGGUAGCAACUGAGGAGGCCAACAAUAGUUUAAUCAAAUGUUAAUGUGGAUCUACCAGAUGUUGAUGUAUUUCUUUUUGAGAUGUAAUAAUUUAGGAUUUUAUUUUAUUAUGUUUUAUUUUUGUAAAUUGAAAAAAAGAAAGAAAAUAAUAAAGUACAAUAAUUAUUGUUAAUUUUAAUUAAAUAAAAAAAAAA